AACGAGCACACCCGCUCAAAGAGUUACAUCGAACGGUUCAACAACACAAAAAUGCGUUUUUUUGUGAUUUUUGCUGCCUGUUUGGCUGUCGCUUCCGCUGAUAUUGGAUUGAAGCUGCGCCAGGCCGCAGCUGCUGGUGCUGCAAGCAGUUAUGACGUUGGACAACAGUCCGUAUCUGUGGACUAUGCGCCGGCAGUGUUCGAAGACUCCGUCGUUGGUGGUGCCGAUUUAGGCAGUGCACGGUCUUCUGGAUUCAGUGCUGCCGGUGCUUCUGCUGGUGCUUCUGCCGGUGCUGGCAGUGCCGAGUACGAUGCCGGUUACCAGGCGGGACUUCUUGCCGCUUCCGCCGGUGCCUCUGCGAAUGCUAAUGCAGAUGCCGGUGCAGGUGCCGUCGAUGCCCGCUUCGGUGCCUCCGGUGCGUUCUCUGGUGCUUCGGCUAGCAGCAACAGUUUCGCCAGCGGUUCCGCCACUGGUUCAUCCGCUGGUGCUUCCGCCUCGGCCGCUGCCCAGACCCAGGUCCGCUAUGCUGCGCCAGUAAUCUACAAGAACUUCUACUACCACGUGGCACCCGAGGAGCCGAAGGCGGCCGCCGGAGCCAACACGCUGACCAUCACGCCCCGCAAACACUACAAGAUCAUCUUCAUCAAGGCCCCGUCCGCUAGUGCCGAGGCCGGUGCAUCUGCCCAGGCUGCCAGCAAAACCGAGGAGAAGACGAUCGUCUACGUCCUCGUCAACAAGCCUGCCCAGGCGAAGGCCGGUUCGCUUGCGGACGCCAGCUCGUACUCUUCCGGCAAGCCGGAGGUGUACUUUGUCAAGUACCAGGGCAAGGAUGCACAGGCCACUGCCAACGCUGAUGCCAGUGCAUUCAGUGGUGCCUCCGCCGAUGCAUUCAGCGGUGCUACCGCUGGUGCCAAUGCUUUCGGUUCCGCUGCUGGUGGCGCCAAUGCUUUCGGUUCCGCUGCCGGUGGUGCCGGAUUCGGCACCAACUUUGACGGUUCUGCCGGUUCGUUUGCAGGUGCAUCUAGCGCUGCCAGUGCGGGUGCGGGCGGUAAUGACUACGAUUUCAACGUGCGUUCCGGCAGCCAGUCGGCCGCGUCUGCCGGCAGUGCUGCAGGAUUCAACGCUGCAUCUGCCGGUGCGGGUGCCGCAUCCUCGUACGACGGACUCGGUCUUGGUGCUGAUGCAGGCGCUGGCGCUGUUAACACUGUUGUCUACUAAAGCUCCGAAACGUACCGCGGCAAAAGAGCCAACCACCAACUCAACCCAAAGCGCUAGUGUUUGUCUUGAGACAGUGCACAACAAAGACUGUAGAGAUACACGAAAUACCCAGCAGCGAAGCGAUGAGAUUACGUACUAAUCAGGUCAAUUGCACGUGCAGCGGCCAAACACCCAUCCUCAUACGAAUGGAAAGGAAAACAAAAUUGAGCGUACCUUACCGAUACGAUACUGUAUUCAAACCAUCACAGGCGUCUUCAACGAUCUGCAUAGUUAUCCUUUCGCACUUUGCACAUUCCUUCGCUUCCGCCUCAAGCAAUUAAUCCUGUUUUUAUUUGUUUCCAAACUAAGCUCAAUAAA